CUCAGAGCUGUCCUGAUGUAUAUAUGCAAGUGGGAGAAGUGAAUCAGCCCUUUGAUACAGUAAUAUAAUAAAAGUGAACUGGCAAGCAGCGGGUCUUAGUUUUCUACUUUCUUGUGGGAAUGAGUUGCCAAACUUUCACUUCGGCUGAUACCUUUAUACCUCUGAAUUCUGACGCUUCUUCUGCUCUGAGAAUGCACCACAGUGCCGCCGAGUGUCUCCCAGCCUCCAACCACGCCACCAACGUGAUGUCCACAGCGACAGGACUUCACUAUUCUGUGCCUUCCUGUCAUUAUGGAAACCAGCCAUCCACCUAUGGAGUGAUGGCAGGCAGUUUAACCCCUUGUCUUUACAAGUUUCCAGACCACACCUUGAGUCAUGGAUUUCCUCCCCUGCAUCAGCCUCUGCUGGCAGAGGACCCCACAGCCUCUGAAUUUAAGCAAGAACUCAGGCGGAAAAGCAAAUUGGUGGAAGAGCCAAUAGACAUGGACUCGCCAGAAAUCCGAGAACUGGAGCAAUUUGCCAACGAGUUUAAAGUGAGAAGAAUUAAGUUAGGAUACACCCAGACGAACGUGGGAGAAGCUCUGGCUGCAGUCCAUGGCUCAGAAUUCAGUCAAACAACCAUCUGUCGAUUUGAAAACUUGCAGCUCAGUUUCAAAAAUGCUUGCAAACUAAAAGCAAUUUUAUCCAAGUGGCUGGAGGAAGCUGAGCAGGUUGGAGCUUUGUACAACGAAAAAGCGGGAGCCAACGAAAGGAAGAGGAAACGGAGGACCACUAUCAGUAUUGCAGCUAAGGAUGCUUUGGAGAGACACUUUGGAGAGCACAGCAAGCCGUCCUCUCAGGAGAUCAUGCGGAUGGCUGAGGAGCUGAAUCUUGAGAAAGAAGUAGUAAGAGUAUGGUUUUGCAACCGAAGGCAGAGAGAAAAACGGGUGAAAACGAGUCUCAAUCAAAGCCUGUUCUCCAUUUCCAAGGAGCAUCUUGAGUGCAGAUAAGACUUGCGCGUGAGAGCCACGUGUGGUAGUCAUUCCAUUCCUUUCUGAUUUCAAGAAAAAUCAGAAGUUACUCACUGG